AUGAAGCUCUUGCAUUUCCCUUGGGCGCGACACGAUGCCCUCCUGUCACACGCCCUCGUGCUGGCGUCCCUCGUGGCUGCCUUUUUUUUAACCGAAAAUUUCGUAAAACGAAAAAAUAGCCUCUUCUCGGUAGAAUUGUCUAGCAAGAAGGUAUGUGACUUUCUGCACAAAAAUUUCAACAAAGUGGAGACUCUGUACAUAUGUGGCGGUUCUCUCGCGCACAAGGAUUUUUUUCAUAAUGACUGGAGGAGUGUGCGCGAGGGGAAGAAGAAGAUGAAGGGCGAUUGGGUCAAGCACGGUGAUCACCACGAUGAUCAGCACGCAGAUCGCCACCCAGAUCGCCACCCAGAUCGCCACCCAGACCGCCACACCGACUUCACCAUCGACACGAACAACCCCGCUCUGAACGAGCAGAUCCUCGCAAAGUCUCGCAUGAUAUUUAAGAAACUAGACAGCAACAAAAACAGCGUUAUAGAUUUCAGCGAAUUCAGAAGGAAUGUGAGCAUAUUGUCCAAAAUGAGGAGCAUAAAUGAGAAGGUGAUGAGUUACCUAUUCGACCUCUUCGACGUAAACAAGGACCAAAAAAUUGACUACGUCGAAUUCUUGUCUCUAAAUUCGUAUGACUUCAAUUACGUUAAGCUCAUUCAGAUUCUAUUUGAUGAAGAGAGCGUAGUCGAGGGGGCUACAAUUAGCAACUAUUUGGAGAUAUAUUUUUCCGAAUUCUUAGACAACGUGGUAAACGACGUGAUGGAAGACGUGGAUGAUUACUUCUUUACGAGAAAGGAUGAGUUCGUUCAAUCCUUGGUGAAGAAUUUCUUGAAAAAUGAAACAAGCACGUGGGAUAUAAAUGGCGAUGAGAAGUUGCAGCUUGAGGAGUUCCAGGAUUUCCAACUGUCCCUUCUCAUGCAGAUCGAUCACCUCGCUAAUUUUCUCCAUUUGGACUUGAAUUUGGAUGGGCGCAUCGACCUGCCGGAGUUGCUGUUAUAUGUCACCCAGGAUGGGGAGGCGUAUAGAAAGUUGAGUGCGUACCUUGAGAGCGACGGUAGCAGCGAUGGUGGCAGCCAGCGUGAUUAUCGCAAAGGAGCUCGGGAGGCCCUGUUCAGCUACAUCCGGGAGGACCUCCACGUCGACGAGUCGCUCGUCCAGAACUUGCAGUUCAUGCUCUACUCCUUCGAUGUCAACGGUGACCUCCUCCUCGAUUUGGAGGAGUACAAGGACCAGAUGAGCACUUUCUCCGUGCUGGACUCGGCCCCAGAGGUCGUCUACUCGAGCUAG